AAAGGGAAAGAUGAUAUGACCAAUUUCAGUGUAAGGGAGAAAAAAGUUCCCGCCGCGUGCAGAAGUCUAAGAAUUGUACACAUGCAAACCAUCACUCUUUUCGCCCCAAUCUGUCAUUAAAAAGUCCACAGAAAUUCACUCCAAAAAAGUUUUAAAAAAUUCUGUUAAAGCCAGUCGAUUUCUCCAUCAGGAAGAAGAUGAAGAGCAAAGGUAGAUUAGUGGGACAAAGAUGGUGGAGCAUAGGGAGCUUACCUUCAGUAUUUCUGCUAUGUCUUUUCUUCUUCCUCGCCGGUUUAUUGGGUUCUACUCUCAUUUCUCACCAGGAUGUACAACUACUUACUGUACGACCCAGACCGAGGGUGCUUGAAUCUGUGGAAGAAUUUGAUGCUUUGCCCAAUGGUGAAACUGGAGAACAUUCCCUCACUUCCAUCCCCUUUCAGGUCUUAAGCUGGUUCCCACGUGCAUUAUACUUUUCCAAUUUCGCAACUGUAGAACAAUGCCAGGGAAUUAUUAAGAUGGCAAAGGCAGAGCUGAAACCAUCAUCUUUGGCUCUCCGCAAAGGAGAAACAGCAGAGAAUACCAAAGGAAUUAGAACAAGUUCUGGUAUGUUUAUCAGUGCAUCUGAAGACGAAACUGGAAUUUUGGACCGCAUUGAGGAGAAAAUCGCAAAGGCAACUAUGAUCCCGAGGACACAUGGAGAGGCAUUUAAUGUUUUGCGGUACGAAAUCGGCCAGAGUUAUCAUUCACAUUAUGAUGCGUUCGAUCCUUCUCAAUAUGGUCCUCAGAAGAGCCAAAGGGUUGCAUCCUUUUUAUUGUAUUUAUCUGAUGUGGAGGAAGGCGGAGAAACCAUGUUCCCAUUCGAGAGUGGGCAGAAUAUGGAUGCUAAUUAUGACUUCCGCAAGUGUAUUGGUCUGAAAGUGAAGCCGCGUAGAGGGGAUGGACUGCUGUUUUACUCACUGUUUCCAAAUGGUACAAUUGAUCCGACAUCUAUUCACGGGAGCUGUGCAGUAAUCAGAGGUGAAAAAUGGGUUGCCACAAAAUGGAUCAGGGAUCAAGAAAUGGAUGAAUAAACGAGUACGUGUCUCGAAGGGGGUGUUAAUAUAAUUUUUUGGUAAUUUAAUGUUGCCACUCACUAGGAGUUUGAAACGAGUUUUACGGUAAAUAUAUCUACAAUGUUCAUAUAGAUAUGUAUCAGUCAAGGGCCUCCAAAGUAUCAAACCCCAAA